AUGGAACAUUCGAUCAGCGCAAUAAGUCAAGGAAUGGCGAAACAGCUACAUCCAGAAAUAUUGCUUGAUCUAGAACCAAAUGUGUCCGUUUCAGAGGAUCGAGAGAAAAGUCCUGGUUCAAUCCAUGAUACUUCUGAGUUUCUCAUUAGUUUCGGUGACUACAUCACAACAUUACAACAACCGAAUGCGGUCGUCAUUGAUGAGAGAAGUCAAGCGCGAAAUUUAGGCCCACAGGCUAUUCAGCGUGCCUUCCUUUCUGGAGAUCUGGAUGAACCCAAGGCAGCAAUGAUAGGAGAUUUCGAGCAUCCUAUCUUCCCGAAAAUUACUUUUACGACACAUCACUAA